AAAAAUGCCUUCCCGCGCCGCCUCUCCGGCGUUAUCGGAGAAUGAAUUCGACAUCACAGGCGCGCUUUUCCAGAAUGACAGCGACUCCGAUGCCGAGACGCAGAAGCCAACGAAACGAAAGAAGGUACCGGCGGCACCGAAUGUCAAUCUUGAUUUUCUAGGCGAAGCAAAUGCAGGCGACUCGGACGAAGAUGAUGAAGCUUUCAUCGCGGAGAAGCAGACAUCCGCGAACCGGAAGAGUGCGAACCUGAAGGGCCGAACGGUGAAGAAGGGCGGUGGUUUCCAGGCUAUGGGAUUAAAUGCGAAUCUGCUUAAGGCAAUCGCGCGGAAGGGGUUCUCUGUUCCCACGCCUAUCCAGCGCAAGACUAUACCCGUCAUCAUGGAGGACCAAGACGUUGUUGGUAUGGCGCGGACAGGAUCAGGCAAGACGGCUGCGUUUGUGAUUCCGAUGAUUGAAAAGUUGAAGUCGCAUAGUACGAAGUUCGGCGCUCGGGGUUUGAUUCUGUCGCCGUCGCGUGAGUUGGCGCUGCAAACACUCAAGGUUGUCAAGGAGCUGGGAAAGGGAACCGAUCUCAAGUCCGUAUUGCUGGUUGGUGGUGAUAGUUUGGAGGAGCAGUUCGGCAUGAUGGCUGGGAACCCAGAUAUCGUUAUUGCGACGCCUGGUCGAUUUUUGCAUUUGAAGGUCGAGAUGAACCUGGACUUGUCGAGUAUUAAAUAUGUUGUGUUUGACGAGGCGGAUCGGCUCUUCGAGAUGGGUUUCGCGGCCCAGUUAACGGAGAUUCUGCAUGGGUUGCCGUCUACAAGGCAGACACUGCUGUUUUCUGCGACACUGCCAAAGUCUCUGGUCGAAUUUGCGAGGGCUGGUUUGCAGGAUCCCACGCUGGUUCGGUUGGAUACGGAGAGCAAGAUUUCACCAGAUCUGCAAAAUGCGUUCUUUUCGGUAAAGUCGGCGGAGAAGGAGGGCGCUCUGCUUUAUAUACUUAAUGAGGUUAUCAAGAUGCCAACUGGGCCGACAGAGGCGUCCCUGCGACUAAAGGAAAAAGGCCCCGAAGACUCGAAGAACAAGAAGCGCAAGAGGGCAGAGAUGGAACGGGCUGUGAACAUGAAGGAAUCCCCGACGAAACACUCGACGAUAGUCUUCGCAGCUACAAAACACCACGUCGACUACCUUUAUUCACUCCUCCGCGAAGCUGGGUUUGCAGUCUCUUACGUGUACGGAUCGCUAGAUCAAACGGCCCGAAAGAUACAGGUUCAGAACUUCAGAACCGGCAUUUCCAACAUCCUCGUUGUCACAGACGUCGCAGCUCGAGGUAUCGAUAUCCCCAUCCUUGCCAACGUCAUCAACUACGAUUUCCCCUCGCAACCCAAGAUCUUCGUCCACCGAGUUGGUCGAACAGCCCGUGCCGGACGUAAAGGUUGGAGUUACAGUCUUGUCCGUGACGCAGACGCUCCCUACCUUUUGGAUUUGCAGCUCUUCCUUGGCCGUAAGCUCGUUCUUGGACGUGAAUCAGACCAGGUCAACUUUGCCGAAGACGUAGCGGUUGGUAGUCUGCCUCGCGACGGACUCUCGCAGACCUGCGAGUGGGUCAGCAGAGUCCUAGACGACGAUGCAGAUAUCUUCGCCCAACGCGCCGUAUCCACAAAGGGAGAGAAACUGUAUCUGCGUACAAGGAAUGCAGCCUCUGCCGAAAGCGCAAAGCGUGCCAAGCAAGUUGUUACCUCGGACAACUGGACAGCCGUCCACCCUCUCUUCCAAGACGAGGCGAGCAACCUGGAAGCCGAGCGCGAGAAGAUGCUCGCGCGGAUUGGCGGAUACCGACCCCAGGAGACAAUCUUUGAGGUCCAGAAUCGCCGUGGCGGUAAAGGUGGCAAGGCGAGUGAGCCCGACGAAGCUCUUGACUCCAUCAAACGGGUGCGGAGCACCCUAGAAGCGAAGAAGAAGCAGCGCGCCCAGGCAGAAGAACUAGAAGCCACGACAAACACGGACGGAGCUGAAGUCGACGGGGAUGCCUUCUCAGACUUGGAAGGUGACAACGCAAACAUCCCAGACAAUAUGUCUCUCGCGUCGGAAUCCGACCUUGAAGUCACAUUCUCCUCCUAUAACACGACAGAUAAAGCCUCAAAAUCCAAUUCCAAUUCCAAAUCCGACAGCACCCCGACAACUCUUUUCCAAAACCCUGAAUAUUUCAUGUCCUACACCCCCGCCAACACUUCCCUCGCCGAAGACCGCGCAUACGGCGUGCACUCCGGUACAAAUGCAAACUUUGCCUCCGCCACGCGUAACGCAACAAUGGACCUGCAGGCUGACGAAGGCGGGAAAGGGUUCGGCGAACCCAGAACCCUCAUGCGCUGGGACAAGCGUCAUAAGAAGUAUGUUAGUCGCCAAAACGACGAGGACGGAUCCAAGGGCACCAAACUCGUCCGCGGUGAGAGCGGCGCCAAGAUCGCGGCUACUUUCCGCAGCGGCCGGUUUGAUGCGUGGAAGAAGGGGAAGAGAGUGGGCAGGUUACCGAGAGUCGGCGAGGCGGAAACGCCUGGUCUGGCUGCGGACCUUGGUGGCUCUGGUGGUUCUUUUGGUGGGAAGAGAUUCAGGCACAAGAGCGAGAAGGCGCCCAAGGCUGCAGACCCGUUGAGAGGGGAUUAUGAAAAGAUGAAGAAGAAGGCUGAGGCUGCGAGGGAGAGGGCCGCUAGCAAGGUUGGGGGCGUGACGAGUGGAGGAAAGAGCGAGAUUAGGAAUACGGACGAUAUCCGCAAGGCGAGGAAAUUGAAGCAGAAGAGGAGAGAGAAGAAUGCUCGGCCGUCGAGGAAGAAGUAGACGAUGACCCCUUCCGGCUGUAUCCUGUACAUAGUUAUCAUGUCAAUGUCAAAAGCACUGGAAUACCCUCAG